CCCCCUAAGUCUACGUGACUUAACCCACCCUUAACCUCAAGGGAGGGAGGAAGGGCCACACCCGCUCGGCUAGAAGCCUAGUAUUUUCGACGGCAUGAUAUUUUCAUCCGGGUUCGAUUUUCUUGCCCAACAACCGCCGACCGCCCUCCGCAGUCCGCCCCUCCAAGGCUCCAACUCCGUAGCCAUAUUUUGCUCCACGAAAGUUGUUCUCAGUUUCGCAUUUGUUCCACCUUGCAAGGUUUAUACCAGACGACUGCUCUUAAGUUUGUGCAGAGUUGAUAUCUUUCAGAUAACUCCAGUGUUUAUAGACUACAGUAAUUUUUCGAUCUUUAAGAAGUUGUAGAUAUCGAUUUUGGGAAAUUUCAACUUUUGAGGUUGGAAGAAAUUGGGAAUUCUGAAAAGGCAGACGAUAGACAGAAAAAGAAGAAAGGGGAUGGGAGGUUCAAAGAUGGAGGAGGAAACCUCUUCUUCCGUCGAUCCUUCUGCAGUUGCUAAUCGUACAGACCCGUAUGACGUUUUGAAUGUUUCAAGAGAUUCUUCCGAUCAAGAGAUUAAAUCUGCUUACAGAAACCUCGCUCUCAAAUUGAUGAAGAAUAAGAAAGAAUCGGAUUUGUUGGAGAUCUUCUUGAAUGAGCUUGACGAAAGCUUGCUUCUUAUAGCCUCAAAUAUGGAUGAAUGGUCUUCAACAUUUUUCUCACAAUUAACUUUAAACCAAAGUUACAGGUUGUAUAAACUUCCAUCAAGGCAUAUCAUCUCCUAUAAUCUGAAUAUCCGAACAACAGCAACACAAGAAUCAUCUCCACUGAACCAGAGCAAAACAUCACUCUUAUAUCAAUUGACCGACCUUGCUGCAAGGAGGAAGAUUCAAGAUUUGACCAUUGGUCCAGUGAUAAGUUUGUGCUUAAUCUGGUCGUAG